AUGAUAACAAUAUCGCCAGACGGAAAAUACCUAGUUACUUAUAGUAAAGAUGAUCAAUCAAUUGUCGGUUGGAAUGUCGAAGAUAAAGAUGAGAAUCUACUUAAAUUAUAUAAAAAAUUCAAAUUAAGUAAUAAAACGGAUGAAAUAUGUGUUUCCAAUGAUAAAAUACUUGCGCGUCUUUAUGACAUGUCUAAUAAAGGUGCUAUUACAAAAGGUGAACUUGUAUUAUAUGGUGAACCUCUUGAUAAAAUUUAUGCUUAUUCUAAAAAUAGCAGCAAAUGGAAAUGUGAAAGAAUAUACAAGAUACCGAAUGGUUUUGAAGCGAUUAACAUAUCAAAAGAUGAUAAAAUUUUCUUAUAUUCGGAUAAUUCCAUUUAUGAAUGGAAUCUUAUUACUGAAAAAAGUAUAAAAAUAUUUAAUAGUGACGAGAAGAUAUGUGACUAUAAGUCGGUUAUCGAAAUUUUUAGUAACGAGAAGUUUAUUUGUAUAAGAAUCAUAAAUAAACUUAUUAUUUAUUCGAGAGAACUAAAAAUUCCUAUCACUUUGGAUAUUAAUAAUGCGUCAUAUACUCAACUAUUUUAUAAUUUUAUGCAUCAUACUGACUUAAUUUCUUUAUUACUUCCUUUAAUAAGUAAUAAUAGUACUGGAAGUUCCAUUACGACAGGCUAUUUAAAAGAGGAGCGUUAUCCGGAUAACAUUCAAACUACAACCGAGUAUGCAUUUGGAAUCUUAGAUAAAAAUAUUUGGAAGGUUAAACUUGAAACGUUAUUAAAAAUGAAUUUAACUUACGAAAAUUCUAAUGAAAUUAUCGAAAAUUCUAAUGAAACUAUCGAAAAUUCUAAUGAAACUAUCGAAAAUUCUAAUGAAAUUAUCGAAAAUUCUAAUGAAACUAUCGAAAAUUGUUACUUUGAUUAUGAAACUAUUGACUGGUACUUUGAUGAUGUUAACAAAGAAACGAAUAAAACAGAUGAUCACUUAUCAAAACCAUGUAUUGAUAAUAUUAAUGCAUUAUCUCAAAGAUUCAUAAAAGGAAUCAUAAAAAAUGAUUUAAAACGAGGGAAAUUUGAAUGGAUAUUUGAUUGUAAAAAAAAUAAAAUUACACUGGAGAUUUUUGACAUUAGUAGUGAGAGAAAAUUAAUUGGCAAAAGAGUUGAUUAUUUAGAUUCUGCUGAACAUCAAAAACCACUUGGUAUUGAGUUAUCUAAUGACAAUAAUAUUAUUAUUUUGACAACAAAAGGUCUUUUUAUUUAUCAUUUUAAUGAAAAUAACAACAAAUUAAUUUCCUUAAACUAUUACUAUUAUAUGAAGAUCGACGAUAAUAUAGAAGAAUUAAAAAAUUAUAUAUCUUCAAAAACUACUUUGCCUUUACCGAAUCAUGAAAGUUUCAAAUUUUGUGAUGAAUGGAUUUCAUCUGUAAUAGAAAAUAACGAAACCUUUUCAAAAUACGGUGGGGAAUUACUAGCAUUUGGAAUUAAAGAAAAAGAUGUAAAAUUGAUAAAAGAUAUCUAUAAAGAAUAUAUAAAAGAUAUUAAGGAUUUUUCAAAAUACGGUGGGGAAUUACUAGCAUUUGGAAUUAAACAUAACGAAGAAUUAGUAAAAGAUAUAUAUAAAAAAUAUAUAAGAGAUAUUAAGGAAAAUUUUUCAAAAUACGGUGGUAAAUUACUAAUAUUUGGUAACGAAGAAUUAGUAAAAGAUAUCUAUAAAAAAUGUAUAGAAGAUAUUAAGGGAAAUGAUACUAAAUCGGGGGAUGUCUAUAAAAAAUUUAGAAAAUAUAAUAAAGUAAUCCUUUUAAAACAUGGUGUCAAACUACUAACAUCUGGAAUUGAAGAAUAUGAUAUAGAAUUAAUAGAUGAUAUUUAUAAAAAAUGUAUGAAUUAUUUUAAAGAAGAUUUUGUAAACAAUAGGAUGUUUUUAAGUAUUAUUAAUUCUACAAUACCCUUAUUGAAUAAAUGUUAUCCAGAAUAUAUUUCAAGAUAUUCAUCAGAAACAAUGAUAAUCGUAGAUUCUUAUAGUAAAGAAUAUAGAAAUAGUAAUUUACAUCUUUACUCCUUUCAAUAUUCUAAUUUAACUUGGUGGUAUAAAAGUGAAGGAUUAAUAAGCGAAUUUUAUAAUAAUCAUAAAAUGAUAUUCUGGAUUAUAAUUAUUAUAUUUGAUAUCUUAAUACUUUUACCCCUGGUUCCCAUUAUUCUUAUUUUUCAUGCUAUAUUCUUACUUAUUAAUAAUAUUUUUAAAAAUACAAUGCCAUCAAUUACUCUUAUGAAUCCUUAUAUUAAAUUUGUUAAUUAUCCACAAGACUAUAAUUUGUUUAAAGAAUUACUUAUACCUCAAUCUAGUCCAUUUGUUAAAACAAUAAGUAGGGAUAUCUAUAAGACAUGGAAUGGUGAAACAAUAAUUAAUUUUAAAUGGAAUAAAUUUGGAAAAUAUUAUUAUGCAAUAAUCUGGUUUGGAUUUAUGGGUUUACUUGGAUGCUUUACCGCUGCUGCAACAAUUCCUAAACAAUACAUUGAUGAUAAUGUUCAAAAACAACUCUUAAUCGUCUCAAUUAUACUUGGAAUUAUUCAUUUGAGUUUUGAAAUCCGCCAGUUUGUUUAUAAUCCUACUAAAUGGUUCAGUGAUUUUUGGAAUAUAUUUGAAUCUAAAUUUUCUCCUGAUGACUAUGCAAAUACAAAUCUUACAAAUAAUAGUGAUUCAAAUAAUCCUUGGAAUAUAGCUUCUACUUAUCAUCAAGUAUUUGAAAACGGAACAGUUGAUCCAAAUCCAUAUUUGAUUCAACAACCUGAUGAAAAUACCAACAUGUUUAUAGAUUUUGGGACUGCUGCUUUUGCAAUGUAUAAAUUCUUAACAGGAGAUUCAGGUGCAUUAUCCAAUUGGACAUAUAAAAAUGAUCCUUCACUUGCAAUAUUGACUGUGUUAUUCUCAUUCUUGAUUGUUGUAUAUCUUAUGAAUUUGUUUAUUGGAUUAUUAAGUAAUGCAAUUGAAGAAGAUAAUAAUAGGGUGUCAUAUUUAUUACAAAAAGCGGAGAUUCUUGCUGAAAUUGAAUUAUUUUACCUAUUACCAUAUCAGAGACGUUGGGAAGAAUGGUUUCCUGAAGUAAUAUAUUAUUAUGCUGACGCUAAUAAGAUUCGACAAAUGAUUGAUGAAAUGAUUAAUAAAGGAGAAUGUGAUGUAGAAAAAUUUACAGAACUAAAGCGUAGAAUUGAUAGUGGAACUACUUCAAGACAAGCAUUAGAAGAAAUACGUAUAAUUUAAGUUGUUGAUGCAGUAAAUUUAGUAAUUGCUCCAAAUUCUUAGUUAACUGUAAAUAACUAGCUUCCUACAUUAUUUAUAAUUUGGUCAUGGGAAUUAUAAAGUAUUAUCUUUCGCAAUAUAAGUUUGUAAUCAAUUA